CCCAAGCAUACCCAUUCGUCCCGUACGAGGCUAGAUCUGACACCAAUCUCUAUGAUGUAUCUAUACUUAAACCAACCAUCCCAACAUUACAAUUUCUCGGAAUGUCUAAAAUGGAGAGUUCGUUUUUCUUCUUCACGAUGUUUGCGCUCAUCUUACGGAUUGUGCCGACGCCCAUGGCGGCGCUGCCGUGUGGGAACUGCGGUGAAACUCCGGUGCCUUUCCCGCUGAGCACGGGGCCCAAGUGCGGCGACCAAGCCUACAAAAUCAGGUGCGCCUCAGGCACACUGUGGUUCGACGCCCUCCACAACGCUUCCUACGCCAUCACUUCCAUUAACCCGCAGGCGCAGACGAUGACCGUGGCUCCGGCCCCCACCGUGCGCGGCACGUGCGUCUCGUCGGAUCUGGGCAGCGAGGGAAUCCAGCUCGACCAGAACCUCCCGUUCAACAUCACGGCCAGCAACACCGUUCUGCUGCUGAAUUGCACGGAAAAUAUGCUGCACUUGCAAGUGCCGAUAAACUGUUCGUCGAAAUGCGUGUGCCACGGUUAUAUUGAUGGGACUUCUGGGCUGGCGCCGUGUAAGAAGGGGAGAUUGUGUUGUAUAUUUAGGACGGGGGGGUCGCAGAAUGAGUACAUGAUACGGGUUCAUUCGCAGGGGUGUAUGGCUUACCAGAGCUUUGUGAAUUUGAACCCGGCGUUGCCUUUGGGUAAGUGGCCGCGGCCGGGGCUGGAGCUGAUGUGGGAUACUCCGGUUGAACCAUCCUGUAAAACGGAAUUGGAUUGCAGGGAGUUGCCGUUCUCGCUGUGCUUGCCGGAUCCGGGGAAUGGUGGACAAAAAAGGUGCUUUUGUAAGGCCGGAAGGUAUUGGGAUGCUACUACUGGAUAUUGCCAAAAGUGUGGAAAAGGGAGAAAUUGUAAGCUCAAAAGGAACAAAGGGAUCCUAUUUGGAGUUGCUGGCGGUUGUGGGUUUUUCCUAGUGCUAAGUGCAUUUCUGGUCCACAGACGCAACCAGCUUAAAAGAAGAGCUCAGAAGACACUGGUUAAGCAAAGAGAACAAAUUCUAAAUGCCGCUAGUAGUAGCAGUGGGAAGUCCGCCAAAGUAUUCUCCGGCAAGGAGAUCAAGAAAGCCACCAACAAUUUCUCCAGGGAGAAUCUGCUCGGCUCCGGCGGCUUCGGCGAGGUCUUCAAGGGCACUUUAGACGACGGGACAUUCAUAGCCGUCAAGCGCGCCAAGCCUGGCAACACCAAAGGCACCGAACAAGUCCUCAACGAGGUUCGGAUUCUUUGUCAGGUCAAUCACCGCAGCCUCGUCAGGCUCCUCGGCUGCUGCGUCGAGCUGGAAGAGCCGCAGCUUGUCUACGAGUACGUCCCCAAUGGGACCCUCUUUGAUCACCUCCACGCCUUCCGCCUACGUCACUUGACCCCGCUUACCUGGCUGCGCCGCCUGGUUGUGGCCCACCAGACCGCCGACGGGCUGGCUUAUCUUCACUCCUCGGCGGUGCCUCCUAUCUACCACCGCGACGUCAAGUCCAGCAACAUCCUGCUAGACGAAAAGCUCGACGCCAAGGUUUCCGAUUUCGGGCUUUCGAGACUUGUGGAGCUUAGUGAUAGUGAGGGUAGCCAUAUUUACACCUCCGCUCAAGGGACUCUGGGAUACCUAGACCCCGAGUACUAUCUGAAUCUUCAACUCACAGACAGGAGCGACGUUUACAGCUUCGGGGUUGUUCUGUUAGAGCUCUUGACCUCAAAAAAGGCCAUCGAUUUCAAUAGAGAAGAGGAAAAUGUGAACUUGGUGGUUUUCAUGAAGAAGGUGAUGGAUGAAGGGAGAUUGAUGGAUGUUGUUGAUCCUUUUAUCAAAGAAGGGGCAAGUAAAGUUGAAAUAGAGACGCUAAAAGCAAUGGGGGGCUUGGCGGCGGCAUGCCUAGAUGAACGGAGGCAGAAUCGGCCUUCCAUGAAAGAAGUUGCCGAUGAGAUUGAGUAUAUUAUCGGCAUUGUUACCGGCGAUGAUUCAACCACUGGUGAUCUUAAGAUCUAGCCGGCGAAUAUGGGUUGCCUUGCCUACACCAUGUACCAUUUGGCAUAUUGCUACUGGUAGCCAACAAUAAUUAUCGUUUAUGUAGCCAACAUGUCAUUGUAGAGAUCGGAAUUGAAGGACAUUAGUGUAUGUA